AUGCUCAUUAAAUUAAUUCAGAAUAAAUUGAGUGCCUCUUGUGCCUCAAUAUUGAUCAUUGUUACAUUUAUGGUCAUUCUUGACACAUCGAAUGGAUUAAGUUUAGCAAGUGAUCGAGAUGGAAGGAAACUAUUUGGCGGAUAUAAAAUUACACCCAAAUUCUGUACAGAUGCGAAAAUCUCAAAAGCCGAUGCAAAAGUUUCGGGACCAGCCAUAUGUAUGUUUAAUCAUGAAUGUGUGGAGCGGAAAGGAAAAGUCAUUGGCGCGUGUAUGGAUGGUUUCCUCUUUGGUACAUGCUGCCUAUUAUCAGGCGUUGUAGAAACAUCGCUAGCUAAUGUUAAGGCAAACAUGACGUCAUACCAACAAGCAGCAGCCGUGAUGGAAGAACUUGCAACACGUGGACCAUUAGCAGCAAGUAGCAAGCCACAAAUAAUUAAUAAUCAAUUUUAUGGAACGAAUGAUGAUGACUCAUCAAUUCAAGUUGAUGAAAAUAUUAAGCAAGAAUUAUUAAAUGAUGCUGUCAUGGUCUCAUCACCCUCAUAUGCUGACAGAAUCAGUUCUCCAUUAUAUUAUCCAACAAAAUCAACUAGUCAACAAAGUUUUGUAACAGAAUUGCCAACAUUCAUUCAAUCCUCAUCAACAUAUUUCACGUCAGACGACGAAUUAAACGACCAUAACGAUUUAGUUUCAUUUAGUAAAGUUCCAUAUGAUCACAGCGGUAUAUCACAUACAUCAGCUGAGGCUGACGUUUAUUCGACAGAAGAUGGUGAUGAUAAUAAUAUAAUUAAUCCGUAUCCAAUUCCAACAUCGUCAAAUCACCUCAUAACUGAAACGAGAACAACAGAAACAUCCACACAGACACCGAAAACCACAAGUAAAUUUUCAAAACCAAUUUUCAAGCCAAAACCCACACAAUCAUCUUCAACAACAGAAAAGUACGUGCUUGUGCAUACGAUUACUAAUGAUAAGCCUCAGUUGAAUGAUAAUGCCAAUGAAAAUGUAUCAACGAAGAAGCCAUCGACAACGAACGACUCAAUCCAAUCAAUAAUCUUAAUGUUAAACGGUACAAAUAGUUCCGGACCUGAAUAUGAUGUUGAUUCUAGUAAUGUAAAUAACGAAAAUACACAAGCAACGUCAACUUAUGGAAGUACGAGUAUGAUUGACUAUGAUAAAUAUGGAAGCUCAAGUUUCUAUGUUACGACAAAAAUGCCAGAACGAAUUACAUCAGUCAAAGUACCGUCAACAAGCUACAUCUAUUCGCCAAAUCCAACACGUCGUCCAACAACCAGCACAACAAGAAAGUCAACAGAGAAAUCAAAAACGACAACGACGAGAAGUGUAAGUAAGAAGACAUCAACAAAGAAACCGCCAACAACAAUAAAUGUUCCAUCGACUAGCUACAUUUAUUCACCGAAUCCAAUUACAAAACGACCAGCUGCAUCAUCGACAGCUCAACCAAUUAGCGAUGAUCCAAUUGCAUCAACUACAGCUAAUAAGAAAAAGACAUCACCAAAACCGAUUCUUGUAGUCAGCACUCAGCAACACGAACAAAUUCAACAACAUCAUCAACAAGAAGAUAUUCAGACAAAUUAUGUGGUGAUAUCAGGUGGAGGAAUUACGAAACAUCCAUCACCAACAGUUCACAUUACACCAAAACCUAUAACUAAUAUAUUAACGUCAAGUACAGCAACUCAAUUAAAACAAACAAAACCACCAAAUGAAUUGACAGGUGAACAGUCAUCAAGUGAACGUCCACAAUCACCAUUUUAUGGAAGUACUACACCAACAACAUUUGUAUCGUCAUCAAUUUAUGUACCUGGAAUUGAAGAUUUCCAUAAUGAAGGAUAUUAUGCAGUUGUAACACAACGUCCAGGUGUCUUAUCAACAGCAAUUUAUGCUGUCAGUCCGGGUCUUAUAAAUACAUCAGGUGGAGAGCCUGAAAAUGAUACGCCUAUAAUGAACAAUGAUGAUUUCAGUAAUUUCCCACCGGUUCGUAAUCCAAACUUGAAUAUGACAGCUACAAAUAAUGUACAGGAAAGUGAUAUAUCGACUCCAUCAUUUAUUGAAGAUUCACAGCUUAACAAUAAGAUUGAUUUGCUUGUCAAUAAAUUAAUUGAAUCUAUGCAAGGCAACUUGGAUAAUCUAGUAGAUAUUGUCUAUGAUAAGAAGAAUGUCUCAUCAGUCAAUCUCGAUAAUAAGAAGAAGAAUACGACACUUGCAGAUGCGCCACCAACAAAAGUGCCUAAAACGACUGUUAAACAAACAGCUCCAACCAAACCACCUGCGAAGACAACGACAGCCCCUCCGGGGAGGCCUAGUUCACAGCAACAAACAUCGAAGAAACCCCCAGCAAAGACAUCCACAGCAGCAACCACAAAAAAGCCAAUCACAACAAAAAAGCCCGCAACGCAAAAACCAAACGCACAGACCACGUCCAAAAAGCCACCAAAUCGAGUAACUUCAGCAAGUACGACGAAAAAACCAACGAAAAAAGCUACAACGACUACAACGACUACAGAAGCGCCACUAGCACAAGAUGAAUAUUUAGAAGGUGAAGAAGCGCCAGUUGAGGAAGAAGGAGGACAAGAGGAAACUGUAGAGGAAGGUGAUGAAACCAAUGUUGUUGAUGAAACAGAUGUAGAACAGCCAGCAGCUACCCCAAGUGGAAAAAUUCAAUGCGGAGUAAGGCCACAAUAUAAGAAAGGAAGAAUCGUGGGUGGCACAGCAGCAGCAUUCGGUGAAUUCCCCUGGCAAGUUCUCGUACGUGAGAGCACAUGGUUGGGUCUUUUUACAAAAAAUAAGUGCGGUGGUGUUCUAAUUUCCAACUCCUAUGUUCUCACAGCAGCUCAUUGUCAACCCGGUUUUCUUGCGUCCUUGGUAGCUGUGUUUGGUGAACACGAUAUCUCCGGUGAAUUAGAGACAAAACGCUCGGUGACGAAAAAUGUUAAAAGAGUCAUCGUUCACCGUCAAUAUGAUGCGGCAACUUUUGAGAAUGAUUUAGCAAUUUUGGAGCUGGAAUCGCCAGUGCGAUAUGAUUCACAUAUAGUACCCGUUUGUAUGCCACCUGAUGGAACUGACUAUACUGGUAAAGUUGCAACGGUUAGUGGAUGGGGGCGUUUAAAGUAUGGCGGAGGUGUACCUAGCGUACUACAGGAAGUUCAAGUUCCCAUAAUUGAGAAUACAGUAUGCCAAGAUAUGUUUGAGCAUGCAGGCCAUAAGAAGAAAAUUUUGUCAUCAUUUUUAUGUGCGGGAUAUGCAAAUGGACAAAAGGACAGUUGUGAAAGUGAUUCCGGCGGUCCACUUGUAAUGACACGCCCUGAUGGACGUUAUCAACUCAUUGGAACAGUGUCGCAUGGUAUUAAGUGUGCAGCACCAUUCCUUCCUGGUGUCUAUAUGAGAACGAACUUCUAUAAGCCAUGGAUUAAGAGCAUAACGGGUUUAAAAUAG